CUCCCAUUACGUCCCUCUUUCGACAGUAUGGCCGCCGUCCUGUAGUUGGUUGUUGUUAGCAGUUUUUUUUUUUAAAGAUUCGUAAAGCCGCACGCUUUCAAAACAUGUCGGCCGUGUUAUUGUUGAAAAAGUCACUAUGCAGACUGCCACCGAGUGUCGCUCGGCAGGCUGUCAGGUGCUGCUAUCACACGGAGAAAGGUGUUUACGGAUACCGACCCAAACAGACCGAGGUCCUGCACAAGUUGCAGAGCGAGUGCAUCGCGGCGCUGAACCAAGAUCAUGGUGUUUCCCGUCUGGUGGAGGCAUACAGAGCACAUGGACACAAGGCUGCUAAAAUUAACCCGUUACUACCUGAAAAGCCUGUUGCUGACAGUGUCCCGGAGAUAGACAUGCUGACUGGCACCAUCAGAGGACAACUUAACACCUCAGGUCUGCGACACUUGGGCAAGGCGGAGGCUUCGGUUGAGGAGGUCGAGGCCUAUCUGAAAGAAGCGUACUGUGGCCACCUGUCAGUGGAGACCAGUCAGCUCAGCAGCCUGGAGGAGCGGGAGUGGUUCGCCGACCGCUUUGAGGAACUCAAGAAGAGUAGUUUCUCCAGAGAGGAGAAGAGGCAGCUGGCAAAGAUCAUGCUGGAGUCUCAGGAAUUUGACCACUUUCUGGCCACCAAGUUUGCUACUGUGAAACGUUAUGGAGGAGAAGGAGCAGAGAGCAUGAUGGGAUUCUUUUAUGAGCUUUUCUACCAGUUUGCUCACAGCGGUGUCACUGACAUUGUCAUCGGCAUGCCGCACAGAGGCAGACUCAACCUCCUGACAGGCCUGCUGAAGUUCCCGCCAGAGCUCAUGUUCCGAAAGAUGCGCGGCCUCAGCGAGUUUCCUGACGCCUCGCCUUCCAUCGGCGACGUCCUCUCCCACCUCACCUCCUCGGUGGAGUUAGAUUUCGGAGCCACGCGCCCUAUUCACGUGACCAUGCUGCCAAACCCGUCUCACCUGGAGGCAAUCAACCCUGUGGCUCAGGGAAAAGCCCGGGCAAGGCAGCAGCUCAAGAAGGAGGGAGACUAUUCACCAGAAGACAAAGCACAGCCAGGGGACCAAGUGGUCUGUCUGCAGGUCCACGGUGACGGCUCUUUCACAGGCCAAGGGAUUGUUCCAGAAACCUUGACUAUUUCAAACCUGCCUCACUACAGAGUAGGAGGGAGUAUCCACCUUAUUGUGAACAACCAAGUUGGUUACACCACUCCGUCUGAGAGAGCGAGAUCCUCUCUGUACUGCAGUGAUGUCGGUAAGAUGGUGAACUGUGCUGUGAUCCAUGUAAACGGCGAUGAUGCAGAGGAGGUGCUGCGGGCCACUCGGCUGGCUGUGGAGUACCAGCGGCUCUUCAGGAAAGACGUCAUCCUGGAUCUGAUCUGCUACCGCCAGUGGGGCCACAACGAGCUGGAUGAGCCUUUUUUCACCAACCCAGCCAUGUACAAGAUCAUCCGAUCUCGUAAGAGCGUCCCUGACUCCUACUCAGACCAGCUGAUCUCUGAGGGCCUGAUGACCGGUGAAGAGCGAGACAAGAUCAAGUCCGAAUACUACAGCAUGCUCAACGAUAAGCUGUCCAACAUGACCCUGUACAGCCCUCCACCCACCAACUUGCAGGGCCGCUGGGGGGACCUGGUGGAACCCCAGGCCAGAGUCACCACCUGGGACACAGGUGUCCCUGUACCUCUGCUGCAGUUUGUGGGAGCGAAAUCUGUGGACAUCCCCGAGGAAAUCCAGAUGCACAGCCACCUGGGGAAGACGCAUGUACAGUCUCGAUUACAGAAGUUGGAAGAUGGGACCAAACUUGACUGGUCCACAGCAGAGGCCUUGGCUUUUGGCUCUCUCCUUUCACAAGGCUUUAACAUCCGAAUCAGCGGACAGGAUGUUGGAAGAGGCACGUUCAGUCAGCGACACGCCAUGGUGGUGUGUCAAGAAACUAACGACAUGUACAUCCCUCUGAACAACAUCAGCCCUCAGCAGACAGGAUUCCUCGAGGUGUGCAACAGCCCGCUGUCAGAGGAAGCUGUGCUUGGGUUUGAAUAUGGUAUGAGCAUAGCACAGCCAAAGCUGCUUCCCAUCUGGGAGGCUCAGUUUGGAGAUUUCUUCAACGGUGCACAGAUCAUCUUUGAUACGUUCAUCUCUGGAGGUGAAGCCAAAUGGCUGCUGCAGUGUGGUAUGGUGAUCCUGCUGCCUCACGGCUACGAUGGAGCUGGACCGGAACACUCUUCCUGUCGUAUGGAGCGCUUCCUGCAGAUGUGUGACAGUAAAGUGGAGGGUGUGGACAGUGACAGUGUGAACAUGGCCGUGGUCAACCCCACCACUCCUGCUCAGUACUUCCACCUGCUGAGGAGACAAAUGAUCCGAAACUUCCGCAAACCUCUCAUCGUGGCCGGACCCAAGAUGCUGCUUCGAUUUUCCGGGGCAGUGUCCAGUCUGACUGAACUGGCACCAGGAACAUCUUUCAGACCUGUAAUAGGUGAUUCUUCAGUUUCAGCACAGAGUGUCCAGAAGGUGGUGCUGUGCUCUGGGAAGCAUUAUUAUGCCCUGCUGAAACAGAGGGAGGCUUCAGCAGCCAAUCAGAACACUGCACUCCUCCGCGUGGAGGAGCUGUGUCCGUUCCCUUUGGAGGCUCUGCAGCAGGAGCUCACCAAAUACACAAACGCCAAAGAGUUUGUUUGGAGUCAGGAGGAGCCUGAGAACAUGGGUCCCUGGUCUUUUGUAGCGCCGAGGUUUGAGAAGCAACUGGCCUGCAAGCUGCGGUUAGUGAGCCGACCUGCUCUUCCCGCUCCUGCUGUCGGCAUUGGGACCCUCCAUCAACAGCAGCAAGAGGCCAUCCUCACCUCUACCUUCUCCUAACACCGAACGGGACACAAGCAUCAGAACUACACUACAUCAGUCAUUACUACAUAACGUAUCUACAGUGGUCUUCCCACCACAUGGGGAUGGUGCAUGGCAAAUAAGUGGGACCUUUUGAUGGAAUGGAUGUGCCGUUUUUUUUUUGAUUAGAUUGAGCAAUAAUAUACAGAAGAAAAUUAAAGUGGUAAGGUUCAGUUUGGAUCAUUUUAUUUAUAUUCACAGGCUGAAAAAAUGGUUUUGAUCGUGUUAUAGUUUUUAGGCACGGCCAGAUUUCCUGUCUGCCCCUUUCUCUCUUUUACUCUGAUGGUAUCCUUCAUGUGUUCACUUACAGGAACUACGAUGAGAACUAAUGACUUCUAAUUUGGUUUGAAUCUAAAUCGAGGCCUUAGAGACAACGUUUACAAUGUGAUUGUGGUGAGGAAGCACUUUUAGUUGACCGUCAUGUUUGUUGCACUUGGGACUGCAACUUAUCUGCAUCAGCCUGUAAUAUCUCAAGUUUGAGCUAAACACUGUUAAGUCAUCUCGUUCAUUCAGUCUGCAUGAGUUCAUGCUCAUUGGUGUACUGACCUAAACAGAUCAUAUGUGCUCUAAGCUGAUAGAGAACCCUAAUCACCGUCCUUUAAAUAUUUAUGUAGGAAUGAGAGCACAGAGGUCACCAGCAGCUCCCCUACAAUGUCCUAUGGAUGAGUCCUUUCCGCAGCAGCCCGGGUUUGAUAACCCCAAAAAAAUCAUUU